AUGCCCGCCGAUGACGAUGUUUCUCUUUUGGAUAUUGAUUUUGAGAAAGUCGAAUCAUGCACACAACCUCGCCUUCUACGGAAGUACAUUGCCCUGCUAGAGCAAGAUGGCAGUUAUUACCACCAGUUACUGGCUGCUGCGAGGUCUAGACUUGAGAGUCUUGCCAGCAGUGGUCAUGCCUCGAACAUCAGAGCCACUAGGUUACCGCGAGGCCCGAGUGCAUCCGAUAUCACAGCCGCGAAAGCAGACAUCCUACAAUGGCAGCGCAGUCUAAAUCAACACAAGUGCGCCGAUCGCUGCGGCCAUGUGCCCCCAGUCUCGAAUCCUCCAGGCGGGCAGGAUACCCAGUAUGCGGACGGGCACCACACAGAUGCGGUACCAGCAAAAACUGGGAAUAUGAGUACCGGCUGUCGUAUGGACGAUAGCCCGGAAGCAGACAAAAAUCAUGGUCGGCAGGAGGAUUUUUCGGAGCAAAUGGAUCUCCGUGAAGGUAGAAUUAAGAAAUCAGGCACUCAAGAGACUACUGGUGCUUGUGAUUGCAGUGCAGACGGCACCGGCGCAGACGAAAUCGAUCGAGGCCAACGAUCCAAAACUCACUGCCUUUCUUCUACGAGACACCCGUGUCUGAGCAUUCGCGCAGAAGACAUCGACGCAUUCCUUGUUGUGAGCAAGGCAGGAGAAAAAGGCUGUCACCACGACUCUACUGAGACGAGGACUAGCCACUCCCCCCUCAGAAAAUGCAUCUCUGUGGUUAUUGAGGACAGUGAAGUUACUGAUGGAGAGCCGGACGAUAGCGUCAACGAUGUCAAACAGAAACGAGAUGGCGACAAUGCGGAUGGGGGAUCCAUGAUACGACAGAUAUCGCCCGCCUCGGGUACAGCUUCCGUUCAAGUACGGUGUAGAUCCGGCCGCCGGCGCAAUUCGCCUUCUUGUCGCGCUUCCCUGCCUGAAAGCCAUGGAACCACCGUGUUGGGCUUACGCAGCGAUGAGAGAAAAGACUUGAACGAAAUAUCUCCCCAACGUAUGGAUGUCGGCCCGAGUAUUCGGAGGUUGUCUCCAAAUACGGAGGAGGAAGCCCAGUCUAGUGAUUAUAGCAGGCAUGCCCUUGAUCCGAACGUUGGACACAGCGAAAACCCAUUAGCAAGCGAGACCGGAAGAAUCAACAGCAUACGAGUUAAUCAGGUUAUCAAGCUCAAACGCGCUGCAGUCGCCGCCUACGAUGUGGGGAACUUUGAAGAGGCCCUUCGGCACCUUACGAAGUGCUUGGAGCUCGCCGAAGGAGAUGUUGCAGCGGACGAAGGGGAGCAAAUUCUUCCAUUCAGGCAACUAAGAGACGCACCGCUUUGCUGUGUGAACAGGCCAGCCAAGACAGCAUUGCCGCCGAAAUUGCACAGCGUCAUCUAUUGUAAUAGAAGUCAGGUACAUCUGGUUCUAAAACAGUACGCGGACGCGGCGGAAGAUGGACUCCGCGCCAUGCAACUCGAUGGCACAAACAUCAAAGCUCUCUGGAGAAGAGCUCGUGCUCUUCACGCCCUCGGAGGAGCAGGAAAUUUGCAACAGGCGAAGAAUUUGACUAACAAAAUCAAGAUGGCUUUCCUCGCCGGCGCGACGAAUCUUCCGCGUUCCGCCCUCGACCACCUUUCGGAGUUGCAGGCUGUAAUUCAGCGAGCCUCCGAGAAGGUAUGA